GUGUGACGUCAGCGAGAGCUAGCUGCAAAGUUCCUUGCCAUUCUUUGCUGAUGUCGGGGAGCUGAAUAUUUAAAGGGUAAAGCGGUAGUGAGCUGGGAGCUUAAAGACAUCUGUGGUGGAGGGGUGAGUCAGCGGGUGCAGAACUAAGAACUGGUUCCUUGGUGAGACGGUCGCCUCUUCCCCCAGAGAGCAGGCUGCAGGGCUGCUCGUGGGACCGAACCCCCGGUCCGCUCCCCGCUCCAGGAAGACGCAAGCAAACAACGCCCGGCAAACGCCUCGGUCCUGACCAAUGUUUAAUACCCACUUCCCCCGGCCUGCGCGCGGAGAAGCUGGAUCUAGCAAGAGUCCACCGCGGGUCAGUCACCCUUGGGUAACUGCGGGCCGGCAGAAGCGCCCAGAUGCCAGCGGUGCCCGCUUUUGAGAGUCGACGGCAAAGCGGUACUUGAUUGUGGUUUGCGGGGAGACUGGCGCUGGACUGUUGAAUUCCAGAUUACGUGCAGAAUGCUGCAUCUUCUAACCAGGACGGAUCAGACAGUGCGCAAAAGCGGGCCCCUGUAAUUCUGCGACCGCAUUUUCCAACGUGCCUCCUCGAGCUUCGCGCCAGGCCUCGGGUAGGAAAGGGAGUUGGCGCCGGAGGCCAGCGCAACGGGUGGGUAGGGUCCGCGGGUAGCCCCGCGCGCCCCUGGCCAUGUCUCCUUUAACGCCCUGCCCCUUUGCGUGGCUUUCUGAGGGUUUGCACGGCAGGCCGGGGUUGCUUCCCACCCGCGCGCUAUCUCUCACCCCCAGCUAACCCCAGCGGGCAAGGCUCCCCUGAGCCGAGACCUUUUGACUCUGCUCCCUCGCUUCCGCCUCCGCCCUCGUCUGGGGGUGGCUCUCGAGAGCCGGACCUCGCCGGCCCCGGCUGGGACCAUGGUGUUUCUCUCUGGAAAUGCCUCCGACAGUUCCAACUGCACCCACCCGCCGGCACCGGUGAACAUAUCCAAGGCCAUUCUGCUCGGGGUGAUCUUGGGGGGCCUCAUCAUUUUCGGCGUGCUGGGCAACAUCCUCGUGAUCCUCUCUGUGGCCUGCCACCGGCAUCUGCACUCGGUCACUCACUACUACAUCGUCAACCUGGCGGUGGCCGACCUCCUGCUCACCUCCACCGUGCUGCCCUUCUCAGCUAUCUUCGAGAUCCUGGGCUACUGGGCCUUUGGCAGAGUCUUCUGCAAUAUCUGGGCGGCGGUGGACGUCCUGUGCUGCACCGCGUCCAUCAUGGGGCUCUGCAUCAUCUCCAUCGACCGCUAUAUAGGUGUGAGCUACCCGCUGCGCUACCCCACCAUCGUCACCCAGAAGAGGGGUCUCAUGGCUCUGCUCUGUGUCUGGGCGCUUUCCCUCGUCAUCUCCAUCGGGCCUCUCUUUGGCUGGAGGCAGCCGGCCCCGGAGGACGAGACCAUCUGCCAGAUCACCGAGGAGCCGGGCUACGUGCUCUUCUCGGCGCUGGGCUCCUUCUACGUGCCGCUGACCAUUAUCCUGGUCAUGUAUUGCCGGGUCUACGUGGUGGCCAAGAGGGAAAGCAGGGGCCUCAAGUCUGGCCUCAAGACCGACAAGUCGGACUCGGAGCAGGUGACGCUCCGCAUCCAUCGGAAAAAUGUCCCAGUAGGAGGCACCGGGGUGUCCAGCGCCAAGAACAAGACGCACUUCUCCGUGAGGCUCCUCAAGUUUUCCCGGGAGAAGAAAGCGGCCAAAACACUGGGCAUCGUGGUCGGCUGCUUCGUCCUCUGCUGGCUGCCUUUUUUCUUAGUGAUGCCCAUUGGGUCUUUCUUCCCUGAUUUCAAGCCCUCAGAAACAGUUUUUAAAAUAGCAUUUUGGCUCGGAUACCUAAACAGCUGCAUCAACCCCAUUAUAUACCCGUGCUCCAGUCAAGAGUUUAAAAAGGCCUUUCAGAAUGUCUUGAGAAUCCAGUGUCUCCGCAGAAAGCAGUCUUCUAAACAUAUCCUGGGCUAUACCCUGCACCCGCCCAGCCACGCCCUGGAGGGGCAGCACAAGGACCUGGUGCGCAUCCCAGUGGGAUCAGGAGAGACCUUCUAUAAGAUCUCCAAGACGGAUGGGGUCUGUGAAUGGAAAUUUUUCUCUUCAGUGCCCCGUGAAUCUGCCAGGAUUACAGUGUCCAAAGACCAGUCAGCCUGCACCACAGCCCGGGUGAGAAGUAAAAGCUUUUUGCAGGUCCUCUUGUCAAAAGAGAUGCUGCCUCUGCGUAUGAGUACUUGUUGACUUAAUUAAGGAAAGAGCUCUGCUCAUCAGCAAAGGGAGAAGGGAGCCUGAGCCCAUGGAAGGUAAACUCUGCAAGCAAAAAUAGGGUGACCAAAAAGAAGGCAAUGGUGGUCAGUAGGAAGGCAUCAAAAGUGUGCUCACUGUUACUCUGAUUUCUUUUUAUACUACUAGGACUUUUAACCCUGAAACCAUCUGCAUACAGCUCCGGUCCAGCCUGGUUGGAACACUGUUGGCACCUGCUCCUUGUCUACAUACUGUGCCGGGAGCAGGGCUAAGCCCAGGCUACUGCAGGGUCGACCAUCUUCAAAAAGCAAUGACAACAGUGGCCUCCUGGCCCUCCAAAGUCCCCGCAAGAUGAGUGAGUGGAGAUGACUUUGGGGGCCGGGCUGGUAAAAGCAAGUUAGGAUUUCGGCAGAGGACACCCAGCCCCUUGCCACUGUUCCCAUCAGCAUGGCCUCACUCGUGCCUCCCACCCCAGACCCAGAUGUCGUGGGGGCUGAGGAUGGAGCUCAUCUGCUCUGUGCAGGAAAUAUCAUUUCUUCUCUGCUACCGCCACAUGGAUUCCUGAGUCUCCCACCUAAAAGGAAGGUUAUGGCAGUGGGCAGGGGGCGGUGUUGAGAAGGAAGGGGAAGACUCACCCUGGACAUCACUCAAAGCAGGAUGCGUGAUUUCCUAAAACUUUGCUGCAACUGAUAAGCAAGGAACUGCCCUGAAGCUGCUGGCUUCUUCAUUUCCAAACACAAAAUGAUUGUCUUUCCUUUCCCUGUGGCUCAGGAGUCAUUAUAGCACUUUCCCUCUAUAUUAUAGUCAACAGAGCCAUGUUAUAAGCUGGAAAUGAUUAGAGCUAAACUAUGAGAAAUACAGACUUAAUUAGGUGAGAAAAAAAAUCUAAGAGCAAAUUCAUACCGUAUUUGUAGAAAAAAAUAAUGAAGGCGCCAACCGGUUAAGAAGCCUGAGUACAGGAGGUGCAUUCAGAUGCCACAGAAAGGAAGCUAAGACAGGAUGUCUCAACAUGAGCUUAGUAUAUGUCUUCCCAUUUAUGUGACUCUUUGUAUUUGCCCAAGUAAUUCUGCUUAUCUCAAGUCAUUCCUGUGAGGGACAAAGAGAAGGAAGGGUGUGUUAUCUAUACUUAACAUACAAAGAAACAAGGGGACAUAGAGACUUAAGCCCCAAAUCCAGCCUCUUACUCCGUUUUCCAUGACGCCCUCAGUAAUCCCAGGGUCCAUUGUGUUUCUUGAGACCAUGAAUUUUGUAUGUCCCUCAUUCACCUCUGAUCCAUAUUUUCAGCUCCAUUGGCCCCUUCUCUCCUAUUAUAUCCCUGCCAACAGCUGGGCAAUACAAGAUGGUUCAGAGUGCGUAUUUGUCUAUGCUUUUCUCAUUGGCUAAAGGACUAGCAGAUGUGAUUCUGUUCUUUCUCCCUAGAUAGGCCGCACCAGAGCUAAGGAAGUAAGCAGGGCAGGGGGCUCUUGGCUUGCUCAACAGGGUGACAGGUAAGGCAAAGCCAGCAGUGAUUAAAACCUUAAGGACCUCAGGAAUGCAAAGGUUGCAAAGGAAGUUUCGGUAAGCUCCUCUUCCAGUGCGCCUGAGGGUUGUUGUUACACCCCUUCGUCAUUGUCAGCAAGCUGCUCCCUUCCUCUCCUAUACCCGGCACUGCAUUUGGCACGAAAAAUGCGAAGAGGCACAGACAGUCCCCAGCUUAUGAGCUGGGUGGGUUCCAAGUUCAUCUGUUGCAAGUCAAGAACGCAUUUUUCCAAGAAACAUUGUUACAGAUGGGGGAGGGGAAGGGUGUUCCCAGACCAACUAAAAAAAUAAAAAUCUAUUUAAUGUACACCUGGGGUUGGCAAACUUUUUCUGUAAAUGGCUAGAUAGUAAAUAUUUGAGGCAUUGUGGGCCAUAUGCUGUCACACAUUCUUUUUUGGUUUUUGCUUGCUUUUUUUGGGGGGGGGGCAGUCCUCUAAAAAUGUAGAAUUCAUUCAUAGUUCACAGGCCGUAGCAAAAACAAAAAAACAGGUCAUGGGCCAGAUUUAGGCCAUAGGCCCUAAUUUGCCGUCUUUGAUCUACGUCAUCUCUGGCUUACGGUAUAGGAAUAAUAGCAAUGCUAAGCAUUGGGUUUGUGUGUUCGACUUACAAGCACCUUUUUUAAAAUAUGCCAUUUACACAUCUCCACUUAACCACAUUAAUAUUUCCAACUUCCAUGAUUUGUUAGACGAAGGGACAAGUUCAUACUUGGGGGGCCUGCUCCGUAUAACCCACUCACCCAAAGACAUACUCUAGUACAUCAUUGUGACUUUCUACCCAGGCAUCGGGACAAGAGGGAAGCACCCACCACCCCAGUUGACCACAGCCAGUGUGAAACCUCUCCCAGAGCACUGGAGCCUGUUCAAAUGGGGGUCCCAGAGGUUUUAGGGGUUACACGUGGCUCCUUGGGAAGGCCUUCUGACCACAGCACCCUGCACCAGGACAUCCGAGGGUCCACCCUGGGGAUUAACAAGAAGCAGGGUGCAGAAAGUGGUGCUGGAGGGGAGGGACAUCUUCCAGAGACAAAUACCAGCUUCUAGGAGGACUUCUUCUCUUCCCUCUCUUCCUCAUCGGUUUCCUUCUUCUUUCCCUGUUUUUCAUUUUUAAGUCUGAAAUCACCUAACUGGACUCAAAAUGGUGUUGCCAUGGGGAAACAUUCAGUCCUCCCCUGUGUGACGAUGAAGCCAGGUUUCUCAAAGCUAGCACGUUAUUGGAGGGACUUCCUUCCCCGUCCCCAUCCCCUCUCCAGUCCUGAUGGGCAAUGAAGGAGAGGCACACGCUGUGGGUGGGAAAGAAGGGGUGCAGUUCUGGUGGCCUAAGACAAGGUCCACAGUGUUAAGAGAUGAGACUGUGGCAGGGCAGGGGGAUAGGGCAAGGAAUGGUAGUGGGUGCAGAACUGAUGAGGAAGGACCUGGAGAUAUCGAUAAUAAUAUCAGGAAUAUAUCUAAUAAUGGAACAAUAUCAAAAAUAUCCGUACUAACAGCAAUGCCUAUGUUAGGCACAGAAAGGAAGGCCUGGGCCAAGGCUAUGUGGCAGCUUCCCUUCCCUAUCCCGUCCCUUCCUUCUUGACCUUGGCCCUCUCUCCUUUCCAGUCUCCUUUUCUUAUCCCUGCCUCUCUCUCCAUGAUUCCACCCUCUACUUUUUUCAAACUGACAAGCAAUGAAUGAUGGGGAAGGAACCCUUGCCCCAGGGGGUGCCCGUUCCCAUGGGAUGCAGUGCUCCUUGCCUUGCCCUGGGUGACAAAGGGGGGCUUCCUUCAGCCUCUCCAUCCCCUCCCCAGGUCAGGCUUGACACUGCAAACUGGUGUCCCUGAGGCCUUGGGGAGCCCCAGGCAGGAGAUGGGCACCCUGGGGGAAGCCCACUCGAGGCCCCUGCACAAGGACUUGUACCUGGGACCCCCUUGCUGUCUUUCUGGGCUUAUACUAUUAGUUCCACGUGAAGGGAACGAACACAACGAGUUGGUGGUCAAGCAUGGUUUCCUGUUAUUUCUUUCCCCACCCACAGGUGAGCACCUCUUUACCAGUUGUCCUCUCUCACUCUGAUAUUUCAGAAGUCUUUACUGAGCCCUACAAUGUGACCUUCUCUUUUUCUCCUGCAUUGUUGGUUUCUUGCUUCUGUUUGCCUUCACCUUCCACUCUCCCUCUUAGCCCUUAGGGCCUUGAAGACCAGGAUGAAUCCCAAAGCAAACUUGGUUUCACGUUAACGUUAAGCAAGUUAAGCAAUUAAGCAAUGAUUGCUCCCUCGGAGGGCACACCCUGAGCAAAACUGGACUGAACUCAAAGGGGUGAAAGGUGCUCCUUCUCUCUGAUGCUCCCACCGCCUGUCCCCAUCCCCACCAGCUCCUCUGCCCAUGGAACUUGUUCACGGAAUCUCUCUAUUCUUUCAUCAUAACUUUGUGCCAGGAACUUUUCUCCCCUACGCAGAGGGUCCUCUCUCUACCCAAUGUGUACCCACUUUUGCUGACACAGCUCCCCCUGGGGUAGUCUGCCGGAGCUGUCAUAGCAAAGCACCCCAGACUGGGGGCUUCAACACAGACAUUUAUUCUCUCGCAGUUCUGGAAGCUGGACGUCUAAGAUCAAGGGUCUGCAGGAUUGUUUCUUCCUCUCUCCUUGGCCUGUGGCUGGCUGCCUUUGCCCAGUGUCUGCCCAUCACCUUCCCCCUGUGGGUCUGUGUCCUAAUCUCCUCUUUCUCUAAGGACACAGCCUGACUGGAUCAGGGCCCAUCCCAAUGACCUCACUUAACCUUAACCGCCUCUUUAAAGAACCUUUCUCCAAACACGGUCUCAGUCUGAAGUCCUGGGGGUUAGGACUGCAACAUACGAAAUUGGGGUGGGGGGGCAAUUGAGCCUAUAAAACUUUCUCCGUCUCUCCUUUCUGUCUGCAAAAUCUUAUCCACAAUUCUUUCCGCAAAUCAAAUGUUCAAAUUCAGCCCUUCCUGACUAUCCUGAGUUCCUCAUAGCAAUUGUCUCUAAAUUUUGCUUGAGAAUUAAUUGUGCACUCUAUUUUUUAUCUGUCUGUUGCUUUUUUUUAAUCUAUAGUUUUUUCACCUUAAAACAUACUUUACACUGCACCUAUAUAGGUUCUGUCUUUCAACCAGAUUAAAACUCCUGGAGGACGGGAGCUGUCAUGUCCCUUUGUAUGCCCCUGGGGGAUCCUAUCUAAGGACCAGGGCCCCUCCUGAGCAAGCAAGCAAGGAGGGGACAAAGAGGGACAAAGGACCAGAGCCAAGGGCUAGUUCCAGGCAUGGGCUGGGAAAGUGGGUCCACAGGGCCUUGGAAAUACCAGAUGACCCACCAGGAAGGCUCAGGUAAUAGGGCUUCUGAACAGUUAGUGAGAUUCUAAUCCAGAAUGGAGAGAACGGCAGUGGGGAACCCCAUGUUAGCUGCCAUCUUGAGUCAGGGCAGGCACAGAAUCCUUCCAAGAGACCUCUGCAUCCAGAAAAGCAGACUGCCGUCAGUGAAUGGGGACUUUAGAAUAAGGUGAGACGUAGGAAGAUGGGGUGAAGAAGCAACAGCAGAACCCAGUCCCAGGAAAUGGGUCACUGAAGAGCACACCAUAGACUGUGAUCACCCCUUGUCCCCAAUCCUGACAAUGCAGGAGUUAACACUGUUUCAGGGAUGCCUGCCCCACAUCAGGAGCAGUGUGGAAAAUGGGUGCCAUUGAGCCUUCAGGUAGGUUUUCCUCCACCCUGUCUCACAGCUCAGAAAGAGCAGAGGAAAGGAAGUGACACUGACUUGAUUGGUUAUGAGGCUGUAGGCCGCCAUUCCCUGCUAAAAGGUAUUCUAAUUCUGACCUUCUGAACAUCACCUCCCACUAUUCCUGUCCCAGCCCUCAGUGACUCUAGUGUACGGUCUUAGCCCCCACUGCUCCUGCCUCUUGGGUGCUGCUGCCCAUUCCAUGUGGUUUUAGAGUGCCUUCGCCUGCUCACCUUGCUUCUCUUGAGAAAUUCAGUCCCAUUUCUGUUUCAUCAACCCCACCUAAGCCUUUUAUUGUAGACAAAUUGAUUGUUAGCAGGGCGCUGCCCUCACAGCCAUGGAGUGAUGUCUUCUGCCUGUUUGCUGCUGAGAAGCAAAGAGCAUUUAUCCUCAUUUAGAAGGAUCAGGACUGCUCUAACUGCAUAGCAUCGACUGGCAUGCAAGGCACGGUGCCACUUUGGUUUCCCGUGCCCCUGCCCCCUCCCUGAGGCGCUGCUCAAAUUGGAAGUGUUUCUGGCCCCACUAUAUCCAUCACAAUGGAACAGCCUUGUUGGCUCAGAGUUUGUGCUUCACCAGCUUCCAUCCCAUCUAGAAAUUGUAGAAGGAAAAUUCACAUGAAAAGCCAGUGCCUACCAAAGUAGUGAGUGUAUUUAAGCCAAAACCAUCCAAAAACAGGUUUGAUUGAGUGUAGCAAUGGCUUAUUGAUUUAUCCACUAAAAAAAAAAAAAAAAACUUGUCUCUCUUCCCCAGUCUGGUCCCCCUUCCUUUUGCUAAACCCAGCCUUAUCUUCAUAAUGAAAAGGUUUCAGCUCUGCAGCUUGGCUAAUUGAAGUCUCAAGGGUUGGAAAGCCUUUGGCUCAUUAAUCAGAAGCUAAGGGUGCGUCAGGAUGAAUGCUGUGCCGUCCACAGCGCCUCCCCUACCCAGCUCCUGUGUACUGGCAGAGAUGACAGUCUUUGUAAAAGGCAGGGGAAGAGGGAGCAUUGAUGAAUAGGUAGGCAGAUGAGCAGCUUUAAUCAAAAAUAAGAAUGCCAAAAUGCCAUCUGACAACAAGUCUAUUUAAAAAAGUAAGGUGAUGAAAUCUUUUUUUUUAAGAUUUUGUUUAUUUAUUUGACAGAGAGAGCGAGCGAGGGAACACAAGUAAGGGAAGUGGGAG